GGAAAUGGUAGGAAAGGAGGGGAGAAUAAGAGAAAAGUGAACUCUAAUACUCGUAUCUAAAAUACAUCUAGAUGGCGUAAUUGAUGUUCAAAUUUCAUUUCAUCUGUAUUGUUAACGGUAAAUGUGUAUGCAAAAUAUGUGAAUAGAUGAUUGCGUGUUAAUCAUAUCUUUUGUUUUAAUGGAAAAACUAUUUAAACUAAAACUACAUAGCUCUACAUUGAUUAUAAACAACAGAAUUUUUCAUAACAUCUUUCUCAAUUCUAGAAUGCAAGAAAAAAUUGGUAACACUGCACAAGUUUGUAUUGUACAACCUGAAAUGUUAUGCUGCUAAAAUAUCUGAAUAUUAUAAAAUGAAAUUAUCAUCUUUAUCACGUUUUAUUAUUAUGUUUUAAAGUGCUGAUUAAAUAUUUAAUAUAACACAACAAGAUGCCAUGUUAGUGAGGAAUAUAAUAUAAAGUUAUAUAUUUUGUGUAACAUAAGCUACCAUUGAAAGAUAUUAUGAAUAUAUACAUAUGUAUGUAUAUUAUACAAAUCGAUGCAUUAUUUUCUACGCGGAGACUGAUGCAUUCAUUAGUGUUUUAUCAUAGAAAUUACUUUACAAGAACGGUGUUUUUAUAAAAUUCCAUCACUUGAUGCUAACGCCACCUAGGAGUACAAUACUAUUUAAAUUGAAUCGCGAGAAGCCAACUUAAUCGGUAGAGUUUGCGUGUUCUCCAUGUCACCGAUGUCCCCGUGCAAUAAAUCGGAAAGGAAUGGUCCUCCUCCUCCGAGAUAUUCUGUUACUACAGUUCCUCCCUGCACUUCGUUCGAGACAGAUCAAAGGAAUAAUAACUUAAAUCCAGUGUUAUUAAGAAACAAAAUAUCUUGAUCUUAAAAAAAGUUUAAUAUACUUCAAACAUGAUGCGACGAAAAAGGGGUGGUUUAAAGACUGCGCGAAAGAUGGCUAAAAAGACAACACCGGCGGCAUUACAAACUGAAAUUUCUAAUAACGAGGAAUGGGAGAAGCUUCUUACAAAACCAGGGUUAAUAGUAGUCGACAUAUAUUCAGAAUGGAGUGGACCCUGCACAGGAAUGGCAAUGUGCGAUUAUAUCACGAACUUAGAACGUUUUCAAGGGAAAAGUGAACCAACAUGGAUGUUUAUACACAAUGGUCGGAUGGUAAAUCUUAUAUUUGGUGCUGACUGCCCACAAUUAUUAAAAGUAUUAACAAUGGAAUUACAACGAGUACAAAAUAACGAGGAACACGAGUUUUCUUUAGAUGUAUCGGAAAGAAGUCCAGAAGAAAUAAAACGAUUAAAAAUUAUUGAAGAAACUAGAAUAGCUAAAGAAACGGCAAAGAAGGCUCGAAAAGAAGCGGAAGCUAUAGCACGGUAUGAAGCCGAAAUGUUGUAUCUGACUACUUCACUAAGCAAAGAAACUUGCCUUUUACUUUUUCCGUGGGUUUUUAAGGAUGAAGAAUGUCAUAAAAGAGAUAAAAGAUCUAGCCCUCCGUACAUAGAAUUGGUUGAAGAAAUACUAAUAGGAAAUUACACCGUCGAACAAGAAAUACGAAAACGACUCGAUGAAGAUAUUCUAUCUACGAUGUUUAAUGAAUCUCAUUACGUAUUAUCACCAAAUGCUAAACAACUACUUCUAGAUGGGAAAUGUAUGUUUAUGCGAUUAAAAGUUAGCGAAACAAAGCCAGAAAUUGAUAUUCAUAAAUACUUGUUAAAUCUUUUAUUUGGAGAACCGAAAUUACCCAAUACGGAAACAAUUCUUAAUGAAGAAUGUUACGCUGGUCGACAUCGCCCUGCGUAUAUAACAAGCGGAAAUGAAAUUUUUCCAAUCGUAUGGACACCACCAAAUUGUCGAAAUAAGGCAAUUGUUUUUCGCACUAUUUUUCCAACAUAUACCAAUACUACAUAUCACUAUGAAGAUAAAACUACAAAGGUACCUAUAGUAGUAUUCAAAUAUGACUACAUGAGAAAGAAUGAGCUAAAAAUGGUUUUACAAGAAUUUGAAGACGAAGUAGUUAACUUUGGCAUUUUUGAAUCUGAUAAGCCAUUAGAAGCAAAACUUAUAGCAAAGAAUAUUACGGAAUUUGAAUUGAAUACAAGAGAAAGAACAGGAUACGAGAUAUUUGUAUGUGUUGUAAAAAAAGUAGAAUGUGAAGCGUUUUUAGGAUUUGCAGGUAUUGGACCUUAUCAUGUAAGUGAAAAUCUGGAAAAGGGCAUAGAGGAAUCAAAACAAUACUUCCCAGAUGUUACUGCUUCCGAAGAAACACAAUCAGACGACGAAGAAAAACCGGAAGAGUUAAUAGAAAAUGCGGAAGAAAACAAGAAUGAAACAUGAAAUAUUACUUAC